AACUUCAAUUUGACACUCUAUCCUGAGGCCACACAAGGAAAAUCCUAUAAGGACGUAUCAAAAGUGGAUGGGAAGGCUUCCCUGCGAGUUGGCUGUAUGAAGAUUGUCUUUCUUAACAAGUUCCUUGUAUCACUUUUGAGAUUCCUAAAUAACUUUCAGGCCGCAAAAGAGAGGUUGAGUGCUGCCACAGCACAAGCAGCACACCGUGCGGCCACCAGUGUGAAGGACCUGGCAGAGAGAAGUUUUCGGCUGCUAAUGGAUAUUCAUCUUAAAGCUCCAGUGAUAGUUAUCCCUCAGUCUUCUGUGUCCAAUAAUGCCUUAGUGGCAGAUCUGGGGUUAAUCAAAAUACAGAAUCAAUUUAGACUGAUAUCUUCAGAUCAAGAGCUUGCACCUGUUGUAGAUUGCAUGACCAUCAGCUUAACUGAGUUCAAGUUAUCCAGAACAGUGUUGAGCAGCACUCCAUCUCAGUCUGAUAUACAGUUGCUCUAUCCUAUCAACCUGAGUUUAGCAGUUAAUCGAAAUCUUGCAGCAUCAUGGUACCAUCAAAUUCCUGUCUUAGAAGUGAAAGGUCACCUUAAUUCCAUGGAUGUUUGUUUGAGCCAGGAAGAUUUGAAUGUUCUGUUUAGUGUUCUGGUGGAAAACCUUGGUGAAGGUGGAGAAAGUACCGCAGACCUAGAACAAGUCCCUGUCCAAAGUGAGACUGUGAAAUCUACACGGGAUAAUUUGCAAGCCUCUGUGACUAGUUUGAAACCGUCCAAUGAGUCGUCAUUGGACCUUGGGGUAGUGAAAUCAUCAGCUGCACUUAAUCUUCUGCUUAAUUUUGAAAUUAAAAAGGUUAUUGUACAGUUGAUGAGGCAAGCAAGAGGUUCCCCUCUUCAUGUUGUCCAGAUUUCGCAGCUUGGAGCAGAGACAAGAGUAGGGAUCCAUGAAAUGACAGCAACAGUAUAUCUUCAAAAGAUCAGCAUGACUUGCAAUGACUUCAAGGGAUCUGCUGGAGGGCCUCUGCUUCUUGUCAACUCAUCUGAUGACACCAAAGAACAUCUUCUAAAAAUGGAAUAUGUGAAGGCUGAUCGUAAUGGACCAGGUUUUAAAACCAUCCACAACAAUACUGUUCAGCGCUUGAGUGCUUCCAUGACUUCACUUGACCUAACUCUUCACACUCAAGCCUUGCUUUCCUUAAUGAAUUUCAUGUCUGGUGCCAUCCCAUCUGGUGAGACCAGUGUGGCUGAGAAAACCAAGGAAUUGAAGUCAAGCUUGGGAAGACGGAAGAGUAUCAGCACUAAGCCUGAUAUUGCUGUUCCUGCCGCAAAAGAGGAAGAUAUUAUUGACAUGAAGCUUUCAGCCACAUUAAAUGCCUUUAAUGUUUUUAUUUGUGAUGAAUCG